AACAAAAAGCACUUAAAAAAGCAAGCAAAGAAAAAUUUCAGAGGUGAAGGUGAGCAGCUAUUUAAGAUGGGCAUCAAGAUUCUCCAGCAGUCUAAAAGCCAAAAACAAAAAGCAGAAGCCUACAUACUCUUUGCCAAAGCAGCUGACAUGGGAAACUUGAAAGCUAUGGAGAAAAUGGCUGAUGCUUUGCUAUUUGGAAAUUUUGGCAUGCAAAACAUAACAGCAGCUAUCCAAUUAUAUGAGUCUUUGGCUAAAGAAGGAUCACAUAAAGCCCAAAAUGCAUUAGGAUUUUUGUCUUCUUAUGGAAUAGGAAUGGAAUAUAAUCAAGCCAAGGCACUAAUAUAUUACACCUUUGGAAGUGCUGGAGGAAGCAUGAUGUCCCAGAUGAUAUUGGGGUACAGAUAUUUGUCAGGAAUCAAUGUUCUACAGAAUUGUGAAGUUGCCCUAUAUCAUUACAAGAAAGUGGCAGAAUAUAUUGCUGAAAAAUUAGAAAGAAGUGAAGGUAUCCCAGUGGAAAAAGUGAGACUAACUGAGAUACCUGAAAAUCUGCGUUCCAACAGUGGAAUUCUGGAUUGGGACAUAUAUCAAUACUAUAAAUUUUUGGCAGAAAGAGGAGAUGUUCAAAUACAAGUUUCUCUUGGACAAUUACAUCUGAUUGGGGGGAAAGGUCUAGAUCAAGAUUACUACAAAGCACUAUACUACUUUUUAAAGGCAGCAAAGGCUGGAAGUGCAAAUGCCAUGGCAUUUAUAGGAAAGAUGUAUUUAGAAGGUAAUGAUGCAGCACCACAAAAUAAUGCUACUGCUUUCAAAUACUUUUCCAUGGCAGCCAAUAAGGGCAAUGCAAUUGGUCUUCAUGGGCUUGGUCUCCUUUAUUUUUAUGGAAAAGGAGUUCCUGUGAAUUAUGCUGAAGCACUUAAAUACUUUCAGAAAGCUGCAGAGAAAGGAUGGCCCAAUGCACAGUUUCAAUUAGGCUUCAUGUACUACUCUGGCUCUGGAGUAUGGAAGGAUUAUAAACUUGCCUUCAGAUACUUUUACUCAGCAUCUCAGAGUGGGCAGCCCCUUGCCAUUUAUUACCUGGCUGAGAUGUACUCAACAGGAACAGGAGUGUUGAGAUCAUGCAGAACUGCUGUGGAGCUCUAUAAAGGUGUCUGUGAACUAGGACACUGGGCUGAGAAAUUCCUGACAGCAUACUUUGCCUAUAAGGAUGGUGAUAUAGAUUCUUCUCUUGCUCAAUAUGCACUACUUGCAGAAAUGGGCUAUGAAGUAGCUCAAAGCAAUUCAGCAUUCAUUUUGGAAUCUAAAAAGGCUAAAAUUAUUGAAAAAGAGAAGAUGUAUCCAAUGGCACUUCUCCUGUGGAAUCGAGCUGCUAUUCAAGGCAAUGCGUUUGCUAGAAUAAAAGUUGGAGAUUACCAUUACUAUGCCUACGGGACUAAGGAGGACUAUCAAACAGCAGCCACACAUUACAGCAUUGCAGCUCACAAAUACCACAACGCACAAGCCAUGUUCAAUCUGGCUUACAUGUAUGAACACGGAUUAGGUGUCGCAAAGGACAUUCACUUGGCCAGGAGAUUAUAUGACAUGGCUGCUGAAACAAGUCCUGACGCUCACAUACCUGUAUUCCUUGCCCUCAUGAAACUGGAAACUGUGCAUUUGCUCCAAGAUAUCUGGUUUUUUAAUUUUACAAUGAGAUGGAAAUGGAUACAAUUGGACAAUAACCUUGGAUCAUACUGGGAUUUAUUCGUGAUUGGCCUAAUUGUUGCUGCACUGAUGUUCUUGCUUAGAAAUCGGUACAGAUAG